UUUGGUGGAGAGAGAAAGAGCUGGGCAAUUUCUUUCUAGGGUUUCUUGCGGCUCUCCAUCUCGCCUCUACCGCCGAUGGCCACUGAUCAACGCGCCUCUCCAUCUCCCCUCUUGCUCCUCCUCCUUUCCUUGCUGAUCAGUGCCGCCGCUGCUCUUGCUAGUCGCCGCCAUUGGCCUUUCCGGCGCUGAUUCUCCUCUCACCGUUGUUGUUUCUCUCUCUCUAGUUUAUGUUUUCUCUUUCACUGUGAAAAUAAUGAUUCCCUGCAUAGUUCUUGCUGGCCCUAUUGGUCUUGGUUUUGGAUAUAUGAGGCAAGUACUAUAUGCUGUAAUUGCAUUUUGAUUUGUUAAUAAUUUUGGCGAUUAUGCAAUUCUUGUGCAAAGAUCUAAUAACCAAGUUUAAUCCUUACUCUCAGUGCAGAAGGAAAUAACAUCCUUCCCUUUGUUAGCCUUGUUUUCUCUAGCAUGCUCAUUAUUGCUGGUGUGAGUUAUCCUCCAACAUUUUUGGCUACUCACUAUUUUACCUUCCAAAUUCUUAUUUUAAAUCUGAAAAAUGAUCUUAGUAGAUAGAGAAUCGUGUUGUGUUAACACUAAAAAAUGUGAAUGUAACUACUAUUUAAUCAUUAUUACAGUGCUUUACAUAUGCUUUUGCAAGGCAAUUAAAUGCUUUCCAGACUGGUGAUAUGUUAUUUGGCAUGUGGAAUUCUUAUAUCUUGUGGAACUUCGCUUGGUGUUUUUCUACAGUGGGUUAUCCAGGUCAUAGUGCUUUGGAGAAGAGACUAUAGUAUGAUUCCAUUAUCAUGGAUGAGCAUUUUAAAGGACAAAGAUGUGCAUGUGACAGGGAAUCUGCUGCGCAUUGCCAUUUUUAACAUUAGCUACAUAAGAGGCCUUUUUCCUGAGAAAUAUUUCCAUGAUAAGUCUGUUCCUGCCUUAAGAGAUGAAGAUCAAGAAGCUUACACCAAUGGAUGCAAAGUUUUGCAGACUAAUUGAUUGGAUGGAGAAAGGUGUUUAUGAUGCAUUGCAGAAGAAAUACCUAAGGACAUUGUUGUUCUGUGUUUGUAAAGGAGUGGAAGGUUCAGUGAUUGAGGAAUAUGCAUUUACUCUAAUUCUGAAAGCCAAGAGGUUUCAAUGAAGAUCAAUUGCACUGUGAUUGAUGAUGCCACUGGUGCUAGAAAG